CCAAUAAGAGACGGAGCCAAACGAGCGUGCCUCUAGCGCGACUGCGAACACCCUCGCCGUCUCCGGCCGACACGAAGUAGCCUCCUGACUUUCAAUUUCGCUCGCCAUCGAAAUAGCCGACGAAGCGCUUCCCUCGCACAGAACCAGCUUCAUGGAUCGAGUGCGCUCCUGAAGAAGUGACCCCCAGAAAGCCUCCGCCUCGACCAUCCGUCCUUCCCCUCCGGCCAAUACGUAAGAUGUCGGACGCGGUAGUCAGGUUCGGGGCGCUGGCCAGGAAGGCGAGCCGGGCCGCGAAACGGGCCUCGGGCGCCGCCGUCUCGGAGAUUCCGGCCGCCGCGAGGGUGGCCGAGCUCGAUAAGGUACCGAAGGUUCCAUUUGACGAUUUGGGCGUCUUGGGUUUGCACUCGGUCGGGCGGCCCCAUGAGGUUUCACAUAUCAAUAGUUGCAGGAUUUAUAGAAGUACAGAGCUGAAUCUCCGGAUUAUGAGACCUCACAAGCUGAAUUUGUAUAGGUUUUACUCUACAUCGAACCUACAGGCGUUGUCAAAUGAAGUUUCUGGAAGUCAUGCCAGUUUUGAUGGCUAUCAACUGCAUGCUACAAGGAAGCAAUCACUGCAGAUCAUGGAGUUGAUUAAAAGUGGCCCAGAUGAUUUGGAAUUGAAGUUGGAUGCGAUGAAUGUAAGGCCAUCUCUCUCUUCAAUUAUGCGGAUAUUUCGAACCAUAAACAGUAAGAAGGUUUCUGCUCUGCGGUUCUUUCGCUGGAUUCAGAACUCCUGGCCUGACCUUGGCUGUAAUCCUAAGAUCUGCAGUUUGGUCAUUGAUAAUUGUGGUCGACUUGAAGAUUAUGAGACCAUGCUUCUCCUCUUGAAGGAAUUUACUUUGAAUGGAGUGUGCCUUACAGAAAAGGCUUUUACAUUCCUAACUGUCUUAAGGUCUUCAGUAAUGGAUCCCGUGAGCAAAACAAUAGAAGUCCUGAAUCAAGUUGGGGGAUCAUGUCGUAAUUCUGGGGUAUUUGCUUUGAUCGAGAUGUUCAGUCGUUUGGGAUCCUUUGAGAUGGCGAAGUAUGUAAUUCAAAUUACCGAGGUAAAGGCUUCGUACUACAACAUUAUGGCGAGGGAGAAGUGCCGUAGAUGUGAUUUUGAGGAUGUGAAAGUUAUGAUUGAUGAGAUGAGGCAAGCAGGCUUUGGGCCAACUACCAGUAUCUAUAAUUACUUUAUUAGUAGCUUGUGUCGGAAUGGUAAAGUCAGUGAAGCGAUCCAUGUGAUCGAAGAAAUGGAAGGGACAGAUUGCCCUCCCAAUGCUUUGACUUUUGAGAUACUGAUUAAUCACUACAUUAGAGAGGGGAAGAUGAACGUUGCAAGCCAGUUUCUUGAUCGAAUGGCGUUGAUUGGGAUUGAACCUCGUAUCACAACGCAUACUGCCUUUAUCAAGGGUUAUUUUUGCUGGGAGCAACACGAGGAAGCCUACAAAUAUGCAGUUUCAUCUUGUGUUAACAACUCAAGUAAUGAGACUUACAGCUUCCUUGCAAGGCUUCAUCUAAAGAAAGGAGACACUAUCACAGCCCAAAAGGUUCUGCUCGAAAUGAUGGACAAGGGUAUGAAACCGAGCCUUCCAGUUCAGUGGAGAGUUCUGAGAACUCUUAAGAAGACGGGUGAGGUAUGUCUGGCCGAAGAUUUGGCAAGCAGUUUCGCUAGGUUCAAGACACGGUUGAAUUCGGAGGCUGAUUAGUGAGAAUAUCCGAGUUUAUUCACCCUUUCUAUCCCUUCUCAUGUGCUCUCUGGUGUUACAAGAAAUAUAUAAGUUCUUUGUCUGGAGAACACCUGAUGAUUUGCGCUCGAGUGGGCAAAAUAACAUUCUUUCAAGAGCAAGCAACCAUGAAAGUAAGAUGAGGCAAUCAUAUAUGAUAGGGUCGCGGCGACGAUGGGCAAGUGAAAGCCUAAGAAGAUGUUGGCAGCUGAUCCGAAGGACCUCGACCACGUAGUCCUUUCGUCCUUUGGGCGUCGGCAUCGGGUUGGAUGAUGCUGUCGUUGGAUUGACGAUGUUGCUGGCUUCACUUGGUAGGAACUAUUUCUUAUAAUGUUCACCAUUGUACGGA